CUGCAGGAUAUUCGGUCUUUUUUCAGUCCAAAGGGAAAGACGUCGAAACCAGGCGUCUUGAAGUCGGAGGAUAAACGCGGGAAAGAUAAUUUAUCCACAAAUCCUUCUGCUGGGAAAGGGAAAGCAAAGAGCAAGGUGUGUUGGUUGAAACCUUCCACGAUAUUUUUGGGGCAAUUUAAUUGUAUUAUAUGACGCUGCUGAUAAGCGUUCAAAAUACGUAAUCUUUUGUUAUGUGUAAUAUCUAUCAAAACAGAAGUAAACUUUAUAAUUAAUUCUUUUUAUAUCCAAAUAUUUUGGGAAUUGCGUGGACGAGAAGCUUAUAAACCUAGGUUUACUUGUAGUUAGCUGUAGGGUUAAGGCAUAAGUUUACUUUAAUUUAAAAUAAAUGCAUUCAAUACAGACUUUUUUCUUUUUAAACUCAGAAAUUCAUCGACUGAAAAUUGUUAUGAUUAUAGUACACUGCAGAGAGUUGACACUUUGGUGGAUUAUUUGAAACCUAACACCCCCCUUGCCCCACCCCACCCCGCCUAAGUGGCUCAUGUGUGGCAGAUAUGUAUACAUAGUUUUUAUACAAAGGUGUAUCUUUCAAUGUCCUCCCCUUGCAGGGGGGGGGGGAUGGGGUGGGUGGCACUGAAGGGAAGAUUGGCUUCAAGCCCUGAUGAAGACAAGACAUGACACAUGACUUCAUGACACUGAUUUACUUGUAUUGUCAUGGGUUUCAAUAAGCAUCGACAACCAACGAAAUGGGUCAGCUACUUUGCUCAGAACAGUUGGCUACUUUUUUCCCUGAAAAAGAAGCAAAGAUAAAUCAUGAAAUCUGUAUUAAAACGUAAGUCAAUUAUGAUGUGCUUUCACGGUCCACUGAUAUGAUAUGCUUUAGUUACACCAGAAGCGUUUCGGGUUACACAAACACUGUAUUUCAGUCAAUAUUUUUCCCACGUUUCUUUGUAGGUUUACGCAGAAUUUGUUUAUGUGCAAAUGUACCUAAUUUUUGAUAUUGACAUUUGCUCAUUGCUUGUAAGAAUUGAUUGUGUGGCUAUGAAACCUGAAUGAAAGCUAUAUUUUCUAGAAUGAAAAACACACUCUUCUUUUUUCAAUUUAGUCCCCAGAACACUGGAAAUCACAUUUUAGGGUUUUGAAAUUCCAAAAUUUUCUGGGUGAGCACACCCCCAGACCCCGCUAGAAAAAGGGGACUAACAGCCCCUUGUUGAUACAGUUGGCUACUCUAUUCUACUCGAAAGUGCCGGCUACUCAAAUUAUUACUGAAACCCCUGUAUUGUGUUUCAACAAAGAAUAAAUUAAUUAAUUUUCUCAAAUUAGCAUCAUGGAAUUAUUUUUUUUAUUUUGAAAAAUAUUUUGGUAGGACAUAUGUAGUCCACUAAUUGCCAUCCUUAACUCUCUUUUAAAGGUUUCUGGUCCAAAAAGGAAACCCUGUUAAAGAUGCUUCAAAAACUCAUUAAUAAUUCAUGAAGGAAAACAGAACAAAAUAAUGUUUUAAGAGUGCCUUUAUAUCCGAUAAAGACACGGCUUGACUUCACGUCCAGUGUUUUAGACCAGAAUAACCCCAAAUCAAAAUAUUAGUGCAAGAAUUCAGGGUCUGAAGUCUUAAACAAGGUAUAAUCAUCACAAUAUUAAGUACAAUAUUAAGUACAAUAUUAAAAACUUGCAGUAGUGUGUAAUCAGUUUAAAAAACUUGAGGCAAAGCCUGAUAAUACACUCCUGCUCAUUUUUUGAACAGUACUUAAUAUUGUGAUAAUAUAGUAUACCUUGUUCAAGACUUGAGACCCUGAAAAAUUAUGAUACCCUGUUCAGCAACACAUACCUGUCUCGACCAAGUGCGGGACUGCCCUCCCCCUCAUGCCUCUGAGUUGCCAGCAAGCUCCUAAGCCAGAGGGUAUAGUAAGACUGAUUCUUGGGUAUUUUUUAUUCACUCCCAUUUGAUCCUGGGCUCACAAGACAGCUCUUUAGCCACUGUUAAUUAAAAAAAACACACGCACACCAGGGUGUCCAUUAGUUAAAAUUCUAAAAGCAAGAGAAAGUUGUAACGUUACAGGAGAAUAAUAUUUUGAAAGAGGCUCUACAUCUCAGUAAGAAAUAGUAAUACAUGUAGGAUGGGUGAUGCUCGAUGUACCAAAUCAAUAUAUGCACUAUUGUCUCGUUCUCUUGUGUGAAGUUUACUGUGUUAUUGUGUAAGGGCCAGGGAUCAUUGUUGUGUUUUUUGUGCGGUAACUCAAGACUUGAUUUUCACUUGGUACAUGUAUAUGGUGCACCAGCGAGGAUUGAACAUUAGCCGGAGAAUUCUGUGUAGUAAAGGGAGAAUUCUUUAAUCUCUAAUGCCUAAUAAACACCUUGCACACACACAAAAAAAAUAGUUAAAGGAUGCUACCAGACAAUCCAGGUGGGACAUACAAAGUACUUGUAGCCUGAGAUCAUCCCAGUGUUUUGGAGUAUGAAGCAACUAUAGGCUUAGCUAUAAAAGUAUUGCUCCUCCUGCUUUGAUAACACAAAGACAUUACUACAGCUGUAGUUUCUUGUCUAAUGAAAACAUUUCAAUGGCAAGACUGACUUGAACUUGGAUGUACCAACCUAAAGUUUGCCAUGUUUAACACUCAGCUGUCACUCCUUCACAAUCAGCUGUUGUAUCUGAUUUUAAUAUACAUAAUUAUUUAAAUUAUUUAUUUAAUUUACUUUAGUUAAAGUACAACAGUAACCUGAUAAACUAACCUUAUGCUGUGCAAAACUCUUGUAUCUCUUUAGGUUUUAUCGAGCAGUGAAGAUGAGGAGGUAGCAAAAAAGCAGAGGCACAAGGAAACUCAGAAGAAAAAAGCAAGGAAGUAUAUUGAUUCAGGUAAUAUUUCAAAAUGCUUUAAUUUGUUAAUAAUGAUAUAUAAAUAUUUUGGAUCUUGUUUACUGUGGGUAAUGUCGACCGAGGUAUCGGUCGAUAUAGCGGUCGAUAUAGCGGUCGACAUAGCGGUCGACAGUCGGUCGAUACUCGGUCGACAGUCGGUCGAUACUCGGUCGACAGUCGGUCGACAGUCGGUCGAUAUAGCGGUCGAUAGUCGGUCGACAGUCUGUCGAUAGUCGGUCGAUAGUGAGAAAGACUAUCGGCCGAGUAUCGGUCGAUAUUUCGACGACGCACCUCGACUUACUAUCGGUCAUAUGUCGGUGAUAUAUCGGUCAACUGUCGGUGGUAUAUCAGUCAACUGUCGGUGGUGUAUCGGUCAACUGUCGGUGGUAUAUCGGUCAACUGUCGUUCGAAUAUCAGUCAUGUGUUAAUUUAUCAGGUGAGUCUAAUGGCUCUUUUUUCUAAGCAAAGACGUCAUUAAUUACUGUUAUCAUGCGAUGGGGGAACAUGUGGCAGUGCGAGGCGCGAUUACUCUAUGAAGCGAACCGAAGAGCACUGGGAACUAAGGACAUGGUAACCGUUUUUUUUUCCAGUUUGUAUCAUCACCGAUCGUCCUAUUUUUAGCUGUUAAACACAACUUGUCUCAGCCUAAGUUGAAUCUGCUGCUCCUGUGGUCCCGCAGUCGAAGAAUACUUAAAGAACGACGAGUGAAACGAGUGCUCCCGCAGUCCCGAAGUGGAAGAAUAAUGAAUAGGAAAAGGCAGUUCAUGACAUGCUUUAAAUACACAUCUUUUAUUAUCGGGCUUGGACCUGCUUCAUCACGCCGAGUUCUCGUUUGUGCAGAGACCACAAAUUAAACUUAUAUAUUUCUGCAUUGAAGACGGGAACAGUCCUUUGUUUAACGAUCAGUUAUUGAUAAAACGCGCUGAUAAUGCGCCGAGGAAGGUGACAAAAUAUCCAGCAGACUGAACACAUUCAUUUAUUGUGGGAAUGAUUUCAACUUACAGCAAGGAAAAUACAAAAAAUGACAAAAACAAGGGAAAAAGGAAAAGCGAAAAAAAAAAGCAGAAAAGUCUAAAGUGAUUGGGUAAGACUUUUUGGCAUGCCCGUACCAAAAAAUGUCACAAAACGGGAUGCUAUUGCAAAGAAAGGCAUGCUUUCAUGUUUAAUUUUGAAAAGUUUGGACUAAAAACUGACCAAAAAUGUCCAAAAAUGCGAAUUUUUCAAGAAUCUCCACGUGUAAAUGGGGGCAAUCGGUUCAUAUUUCAGUAAUCUUGCUCCAAUUUCUUCUCCAGGGCUAUUGACCAAACAGAGUUUAGCCAGUUGCAUUCCACUUCCAAGCCAUUUUCAGUUUGCCAAAUGUUUUUGUGUAAACACCAUUUAUUGUGAAGAGUUCCAUGAAACCAUAUAGCAUAGACUAGAAAAGCAUUUGACUUCAUAUAAUAAUCCACUGAGGAAGAGAUGAUCUGGAGGUCCAAAGAUUUCCUAAACCGUGGUCUUAGUCAGACUUCAUUUAAAUAAUCGACCCUUAGUGUUUCUUCUGUGCCUUAGUUUGUCUCUUCAGUCUUGGCAAACAAAGACUGAGGUCAGUCCAUGUUGUUGAAUUAAACGGAACUAAUGGCUGUGUCAUGGAUUAUAAUGUACUUUUAAAAGGAAAAUAAAGUUGAAUUCAAAAUACUUUUAAUGCUUUCUGGAUUUAUUUUUUUAGACUCUGAUGAAGACCCUCUUCCACCUAAAAUAAGGUACAUGCAUACCAUUAGCAUUCUCCUUUGUACUCUCUAUAAUUAUAUAUAUGUACUUUGAUACAUUUGUCUCUUUAAACAAUCUAUGUACUGUAAUAAUAUAGUUUUGGUGCUUCAGGGAGGAGCAAAAGUGCUUUCCAGUAUAACUAAGGGGCUAGUACAGUAAAGCUCUUGUGGGUAACCUCUGUUAUUAUUCAGGUUAACUAGCAUUUUCCUUUGUCACAUACAAUGUAUAACUUAUCAGGGCUGAGGAGCAAAGAAAAUUCUGAUUCAAACUACAAAUUAAUUUAGGUUGAAUCCUUGUUGAACCUGAGAACAGAUUUUAGAUAUUGUACCUGCAGUGUGUAUGACUGAGCUACCCAUUGGGGACUCAUAGCAGCGUAUUUUAGUUAAGAGUUGCUCAACGGAAAGCAAAUCCGGUGAAAUAAAAUAAUGUAAGUCCAUUCUUUUCACAACACAAAAUAAUUCUUCUUAUAGCCUGCAUCCCUAUAUCUCUUUAUAUUACAGAAAGGCUGCUUCUGCAUCCAAGGGAGAUGGUGCAAGGCCUAAGAAGAGCAAGAGGUCCAGCAACUUUGAUGACUCUGGUAAACAUUAAUAACUUUUAUAACAGGAGAAAGUGGUGGCCUACAAAAGAAGCAUACCUUAAAAAACAGAUGAGAUUUACAGAAGAUGCUUCUUGUGAUACAAAAUAAAUUAAUAAUAAGCCUGUACCUUAUUGUCCACAUUAUUUCAUUAUAAAGAGAACAUUCAAUAACCAUUCCAUAAGUAUCUUUGUGAGAGUAUAAAGCUUUGAAGUUUUGUUGCACAAGAAAGUUAAGCAACAAUACUUACAAUCCUUUGUGUGCUAUGAGAAGAAAUAUACAGUCUAGGAUGUGAUGCGUGAUUUGAUGGGUGAUAACCUUCUUUUAUGCAAUACAAUACUGUACAUAUAAAAAUAUGUCCCUCACCCCCCUUCUGCCAGCUGAAUGUUAUUGAUGAUGAUGAUGAUGGUGAUGAUUGAUGAUGGUGACUACACCUAAAUUAUAGAUAUAACUGUAUACAACAUAAGGUCCCAAAUUUGCUUUCUUGGAUUUAUGUUCUUAUGCACCUAUCAAUGUAAACCCCGUGGGGGGGGAGUGCGGGCAAGGGGUGGGGAUUUGACAAAUUUUAAAAUUUUUCGAUCAAAUUCCCCAGGGUGGGAAACGAAAGGUCAAUCAAAAGUGUCAAAAAAGCCCCCACCCCAGGGGAAAAAUUCUAAACAAACAAUGCUAUAAUACUAUGUAAAACGAAUAAAAGAACAUUUCAAACACAUUGUUACUACUUUUAUUUACGGUUAACGGAAGCUCCAUUAAAUUACUCGCUGUAAUUAAGUAUUUUCUCUCUCCACUAGCAUCUCUUAUCUUGAACAACAAAAUCACUCCAGGAAGAUUGACCGUGCUAUAUAAUAUUAAUAAAACGUAAAAUGCUUUAUAACAUCUGCUCAACAUGUCGGAACAGGUCGGAUCAGUAACCCAUAAAAAAUCCUCUGACUUUCAAUCGAGUUUUACAAUCAGAUGCGAACUUGAAGAUGAAAAAUAUUUUUUAAAAUAGACAUUAUCUGUUUAGAUGACAGUGUAAAGUAUCGGAUUAUGGCGAUUAAAACAAAUGAAAACUUCAUACCUUUCUCCAACAGCGUGACUUUCAGGAGGCCUCGAGGGACGGACUUGGUAACUGCUUCUGAAUUGAUAUCAGGCUUCUGUCAGUCAAAGCCAAAUGUCCCGACCCCGGGGUCGCUUCGCACGAUCAAAAGCCCGACAGCGGGGAUAGUCCCAGGCAUCAAAUCCCCUCCCCUUGCCCGCACUCCCCCCCCCACGGGAUUGACAUUGAUAGGUGCAUUAAGCUUUUCCUAUGAAUGGAAAACUUUUACAAUUUUGUUAUUUUAUUUACAUCUUCUGCUACAUGAUGUUUAAUACUUAAUUGUAUAUACAGUACAUGUACAUGUGCGGGUAAUGUACAUGCAUUUUAUUUGAACUGUCCUUAUUCCUUCUUGUGUUGUCAUUAUUCCCUUCUCUUCAUGCUUCAAAUGCCUUCAAUCAGUAUAAUAAAAUUAUUUCUCUUGUAGAUGAAGAGGAAGUCAUUCCUCCAAAACUGAAAAAAUCUGUGAAGCAACCAGAAACCAAAGCAAGAAAAGAAGUUGUUCAUGUGAAGGAAAGGUACUAAACAGUUAUUGUGAAACAUUUCUUUGCUAUCUCAGGGCAUUAGGGAGCUUAACGACAAUGAUGGCUACAAAAACGUCACUUAAAAAGUGAAUUCCCAAUGCCUCUAAAACUUUAUCGUGCUUGUUCCAUCUCGUUCAAUUCGUCAGAUGUUGGUGAAUUUUUCUGGAGUUCAAUUCCAAAGGACUGUAUCAAAGUUCGGAAAAAGAAAAAGGAAGUUGCUUUCUUUUGUUCACGUUCUCAACAAAAAGUGAAAUUAGGCAGUUUCACGUCGUAGUCGUGCAAUGACGGCAAAGAAAUGUACCAAAAAGUGUGAUGCGCAUGCAAAGCUGUCGUUUUGCCAAUCUAAGCCUCCUGUUUUUUUGCCCACUCUUGUUACCGUUGUCGUUGCCGUUGCUUAAGCUCCCUAUUUUCUCAAAAAUAGCCCUCUAGAGAGAGCAUGUCUUUACAGUGUGCUGCUGUGCACUUGUUUUAUUGGCUUGCUAUGUAAAUAAAAAAAAAAAUUAUAUAAGCAUGAAACAUAAAGAGGACUUUUAAACAGAACUACCUCUAAGAGCCUUGUUUUUUUCUUGUUUGCUUACUUCGAAACUGUACCAUAGGGGAGAUUGUACACUGUAGUUGCAAUACUUAAUGUGAUCCCCAUUCUGCACACAUACACUGUACAUGUAUGCCAUUAAAAAAAUGAAGAUCGCGGGAGUGAUUCAUGUACAGAAUAUUAAUUAUCUAGGUACAAAUAUAUUUGAUAAAAUAAAAGCUGUCUUAUAUGAUCAUUGUUUACUGUGCUGAACACAUUGAAUUGAUUUUUCAUAGCCCUGUCAAGCCAAAAGAAACUCAAGCAAAAACCACGUCUGCACUUGACUUCUUUGGAUCAUCUCCUGUUGAAAGAGCAUCAAGAAAAGUGUUUGCCACAAAGAGAAAACAGGUUUGUUGCCUUAAAAAUAAUGCAGAGAAAAAAACAGGCACUAGUAAUAUCUCUUGGUUAGUGCACUGUGACUGGUCAAUUUAGCGGCCAUAUGUCACUUUUCAGAGCUCUAAAUUUAAAUGUUUUUUUGGUAGAAAUCCAUGCCAGAAAAACAAUGUUAAACUGGGCUUAGAUGUUCAAACGUCAGAUAGUGCUAUCCAAUAGAUAAAUUACUGUCCGGAACGUAAGUAUUAGAGAAAUCAAUAUUAUUGUGUUAUCCAGUGGAUAGGGAUUUAUCCAGUGGAUAGCAUUAUCCAUCUUUUGAAUAACUGGGGCCUGCUUGUUUUGUGCAGUUUUGGAUUGUGAGUAUGUUACAUUUACAUGUCAAACAAAUGAUUUUGAUGGCUCAAUAAAAUUUCCACUUGUUUACAAGAUUUGAUCAUCAGGGACUGUCCUGCUUAAAUUGAAAACGUUCCCCCUCAAGUAAAACCCAACGAUGGGUGGACAUAUCUAACCAACCUGCUCUUUGUGGUCUGUACUGUAACUUACAUGUGACUGUAUGGAGCCCCUCUUUUUCUUCUUGCUUUAUUCUUAGGCAAUAAACUGAGGCAAAAACUCUCAACUUACAACAGACUUCAGACUCAGUAGGAGGUAUAUUCUAAUGUACUUCUGUACAUAACAGACUUCAAUGGCCAACUCAUAAUAAACAUGAUUAUUUAAGAUAAAAUGUUUCUCCCCUGUGCAGCGAUCUGAUGAAUCUGAAGAAAAUGAUGACUCAAGAGAAACAAAGCAAGGAGAAAUCACAGAGGAUAGGGGAAAAGGAAGAAUAGAAGAUAGAAAAGUGAAUGGGAAAAAAGAAGAACAGCCAUCAAAGAAACGAAAAGAGGAACCACCAAGUCCUCAGAAUGGUGUCAAGAAACCAUCUCCUGAAAAGUCAAAAAAGGUCUGAAGAAUACUUAGUAAACAUUUAAUUAAUUAUGUACAUGUAUGCAUGGUUUGCAGUGGGCCGGGCACUAAGAAUUACCACUUUUUUUUAAUGUAGAAAUGUGAAGCCUAGCUUGAGAAAACAGGCAACAUUUCUCAACAAAAUGACAAAAUGAAAUGAUGUCUGAGGAACCAAAUGCAGAAAUUUCAUAUACUGAUGAUGUGUCACUACCCUGAUCUGGGCAGUGCUUCUGAUUGGUCAUGCUAUGAGGGAAACUUGCUUCAAGCGAUCAAAAGUACGAGCCAGAUCUGGGAAGAAACAUGUCAUCUUAUAGAAUUUCUGUGCUCAUUUCUCCGUCAUCAUCACUUUUUGACUUGGUUGAUCAGACAAAAGUCUUUUAAUUACAUGUAGCAGAUUGCAUAACCAAAAUUUUACAAUCAUUUUUUGUGUUAUUGAAAUCAUUUAAUUUGAAUAUUGAUAAUUUAAAAUGAAAUUCCCUACUUUCACAUAGACCGUAAUGUACCUUGUUCACCUCCCAGAAGUCUUGGGGGGUAAACAAGGUGCAUUAUAGCUAUGUGAAAAUGGUCAAUUGAAUAAAAGAGUUGUUUUCAGCUUAGAGAAUGUUCCAAAUGAGUUAUUCAAUAAAUAAUUACCAAUUAAUUAAUGAGGCUGAGUAGGAUAUGAAGAGUUAAGCAGAUCGAGGAGGGUGUUAUCCGCAGAGGUCGAAGGCCAAGUAGGAUAACACCCUCUAAGAUCUGCUUAAUUCUUCACAUCCUACGAAUGCUGAAUUCAUUAAUUGCUUUAUUAUUCAUUCCAAGUAAUUCCUAGUUUAAAAACAUAGCUAAAACGUGCUUACCUGCAUCAAUGUUAAGUUUAUCUUCGAUAGUGUACUUUUAGGUUUGUCCAGCUCUCGCAAAUAUUCUCCAAAUGUCUAGCAGAUGUCGCACUCCAAGUUGUCUUCUUGCUGUUUUUGCUAUGUUUUUUUUAUUUUAGCCAUAAUUUGUUUUGCCUAGUUCCAGCUUUAGUUCUUACUCUUAAAACAAGUGAAGUGUCUGCCAUUUUAGUUUUCACAAUGAAAACAACUCAACCUUGUCCCCAGGUCUUCUCGGUUAACAGUGCAUUAACCUGUGGAAGGCUGCAUUUUUGACGUCAUUCCCUCGUUAAAUGUCUCAUCAUUGAUUGUUAUUAUUUAAUUAUUAUUUAUUUUUGUAAUCUCCACAGACCCCAGAGAAGCUGCCAAAAGUGACACCUGCUAGCAAACUUGCAGCCAAAGCUGCUGCCACAGCUUUAAAAACCUCAGAGGUCAUACCUGAAACUCCAGCAAGAGAAACAAAAAAAGAAAGCCCUCAAAAGACUCCUUCUCCAGCUAAAGAAAGCAAGGCAGUUAAAAAAGAUUCUCCAACCAAGAGUACACCAAAGGCUUCAAAACAAGAUGAACUUCCCAACGAAGUACCACCAUCUUUGGAAAAAAGGAAAUCUAGUUAUCGUAGUUUCAUGCAGCGAGAUGGUCCAAGAGCAGUGGGCUCAAAACCCAUCCCUGAGGUUAGUUGUUUCCAAUAACUUGCUUUUGCCCUCGGCAAGUAGAAGGAUAAGCUACAUUGUACAUGUACAGAUACAGUUUACCAGAUUUCAUUCAUUGGGGGUUUAUUUCAAGCAUCCCUUGAACUAUUUUUAAGUUUUCGUUGGCUCCUGAGAACCCUAUGCUACAAGUUCUAACCUCAAGAACUGUUCACUUUUUUUUUUUUUUCAUCUCACUUUAUAGCAGGACUGUCACAAAAGGUGCAAACGGUCUAAGGUUUUCAAAGGAAAUAACCAAAAGGAAAACAGAACCUAAUUAAGUACUUCCAACUGCUCACCUACAGCCUAGCUAUUGUAUAUAUGCCUGGACCUGGCAGUCAGCCCUUAGUGACAGCCCUGAAAUCACAAGAAGGUUUUAAAAUGACCUUACUUAGCUGUAGUGAAUUCUGUAGUUGCCCUUGGUCAAUUUUUAUUUUUAUUUUAACCUACAGGGAGAGGAAAAUUGCUUGGAGGGCCUUACAUUUGUUAUAACUGGAGUGUUGGAAAGCAUAGAAAGAGAUGAUGCUGCUGAUUUAAUCCAGAGAUAUGGUGGAAAGGUCACAGGGUCAGUCAGCAAGAAAACAAGCUAUCUUGUCGUGGGCAGAGAUGCUGGUGAAAGCAAGAUAUCCAAGGUUAGAAGAAAUUAAGGAUUAACAUUAUGGAUUGCUUUGUUUUCGUAGUCACUUGAUAGAUAUGUUGAUUCUCAAUUUCCCUUGUCUUCUAGUCUUAAUUCAUGAAUAAUUAGGGCUGGGAGACAAAGGAAAAUUGAGAAUCAACUUAGGUUAAAAAAUUUUAACGUGAAUUUAAUUUCGUCCUGUAAUAGAUCCACGUACAUGUGCAUUGUGUGUAAGACCAUAGAAUAUUAUUAUUAUGUGCAACCCCAACAAUGUUGUGUUUUGUAUUUUCUAGAGGAUGAUACUCCCUGAAAUACCAGUGAUGAACUUCCCUGAACCUUUCUUUAGUAUUAUUAUCAUUAUUAUUAUUAUUAUUAUUAUUAUUAUUGAUAUUAUCAUUAUUAUGGCAGUACAAACGUCUGGAUGCCCAGAGUAAAAAAUAAAAGCUUUGGCUGGGCAGCAAACCGUAACCAGCCGCAGCAUCGACUAAAAUUUAUGGUAACAAUUACACAAUAAUUUGCGCAAAAAAAAUUAAUAAAUAAAUAAAAACCUGGGUAAAAAUGAUCAUGAUUAUUAUUAUUAUUAUUAUUAUUAUUAUUAUUAUUAUUAUUACUGUUGUUAUUAUUAUCAUCAUUAUCGUUAUUGUUAUUGUCAUUAUCAUAUUAUUGUUACAAUUAUUAUUACUGUUAUUAUCAUUACCAUUAUCAUUAUAUUAUUAUUUAAUGAUAAUUAUAUUAUUAUUUUUUAAAUUCAAGGCCAAGCAGGUAGGUACAACACAAUUAGAUGAGGAUGGGCUAUUUGAACUGGUCAAAACACGACCUGGCAAAAAGAUCAGCUAUGAGCCACCUAGUGUUGAGAAGAAGCCAAAGAAGAGAGCAAAGGCUGAAGUAGUGGAGUCAACAGAGACUUUAAGUCAAGGGAAGGAUCCAUCAGAGUUAGAGUCAUCCCAGAUGAGUCAACAAUCAACAUCAUCCCCUGCUACUCAAACACCUUCUGGAUCACCAUCACUGAAUGGUUUGAUUUAUUCCUUUGACUGUUUUUAAGUGGACAUCCUGCAGACUCUCCAUAGAGCUGAAAAUUGGCCCAUAUUUGUUUCUAAGGGCUGGGGGGUACUGUAACCUGUGAUGAGGCCUAGUUCCUUUCUCAGGGUGUGCAAAAAGUCUGCCGACAGACACCCGAUCAGAUAUUAAAUUUGUUGUUUUAACAACUAAUAGUAACCUAAUAAAGCACAAAGAGUCCAGUUACAAGGUCAAUGUAGACUAACGUUCCCCUUUGCUUUUUUCUUUCAAACAGACCUUUGCUCCAAGCUUCCCAAAAAGCUCUUGCACACGUAUCUAAUAUGUUUCCUAAAUUUCCCGUCUCUUCCAGACCUAUCCCCCCUAAAAGCUAAUAGUGACCAAUGGUUAGGAAGUGAGGCUGAACAUGUGCGUUUAGCUUAGAGAUGUGAUUGAAGAGAACAACUUUUAUAAUGAAUCAGAGAAAGCCCUUUUAGUUCCUUCCAGCUUGGGGUGCCUGUGGUGUUUUCGAAUCAUGGACAGAUUUUGGAAAAACCUCGUUAUACAGUUUUAAAAAGUGCAGCUGAGCAAGAAAAGUCUGCAGGCUCGCUUUAGCUCACCCUUAGUAACACUAACAUGUACUGGUUUACAUUGCUAACUUUGACUUUUCUUCUUCAGGGGAACCUAGUUUAAUGUGGGUUGAUAAGUAUCGCCCUCGCACAGUAAAACAGAUUAUCGGCCAGCAAGGUGAAAAGAGUAACAUGAGGAAACUAAUGAACUGGCUUAGAGACUGGGAAAAAAAUAGGAAGAAGCCACCAUCUAAAUGUAAGUCUCGUUGCUAUAAAUACCAAGUGAUGAUUUUUAUGAUUACAGGGACGUAAGGCCUAGGCCAAUCGUCGAACUUUUCAUGAGACGAAUUAAACUCUAAUUUUGGUUUAAUUAAAUUAAGUUAAGAUCACCUGUUGGGUCAGGCGUCGAACCCAUCAGCUGAGUCAGAUCAGUACUAAAUUUUCUCCCGAACGAGGCUAAAUUCACUACUUUCACAUAGACCAUAAUACACCUUGUUUACCCCCCUCCCCCCGGAAUUUUGCAUAACCAUUGUUUCCAAUUUCUUGAGGGUAUUACUGUCGUCCUAAGAGAAAACAAUGGUUAUGCAAAGUUUUGGGGGUAAACAAGGUGCAUUAUGGUCUAUAUGAAAAUGGUGAAUAUACAUUUAGUUUAGUUCGUCACAUGUGAAGAUCGACGUUUGUCCCAGAGACGAUCUUGAGACGUUCUAUCCGCUGCUUCCAAACUCAAUCAGACCAAUUUAACUGAGCCAGACGUCGAACUUUUCAUGAACUUAACUCCCUAAGUUAGGUUCCUCUCAUGAAAAGUUCGACAUUUGGUCAAGGCCUUUAAAAGCGACCACCACGACCACGGAAACAUGAAAAAUUAUUCUCGGGAUGUAUGAGCAAAUCAACAGUUCGACACGUGCAUCUCGCUUUUGGAACAUUUGGUUUUCGUGCGACGUUGUAUGGUGGAUGUGAACACACAACGGCUAAUUUUCCUUUCACUUUCUGAACUUGGAUAGAGUCCUUAAGAAUCCAACUGCAAGAGAAUGAGACUACAAUUGUCUUAAUGGCCAAAGCUAAAUAAAUGCGACAGAUAACAGUGAUGGUACGUGUAGAAGUAUUAUGAUUGUCAGGUUAAUAGUGAUGACAAUGACAAUGGUCGCAUGUUGUCAAUAUGGUUUUGAUAAUGAUGAUGAUGACGACGAUGAUACAGGCGAUGUCAUGAGUGGUGAUGAUAAUAGGGAGCUUAAGAAAUAACGACGGCGACGGCUACGAAAACGUCACUCAAAAAGUGAAUUCGCGCUGUUUCAAACUUAAUCGCACUUAUUCCAUUUCGUUCAGUUCGUCAAGUGUUGGCAAUUUUUUCUGGAAUUGAAUUCUAAAAGACUGUAUCAAAGUUCAGGAAAAGAAAAAGAAAGUCGUUGUCUUGUGUUCCCGUCCUCGACAAAACGUGAAAUGAGGCACUUUCACGUUGUAGUCGGGCAACGACGGCUAAGAAAUGUACAAAAAGCGUGAUGCACGUGCAAAGUUAUUGUUUUGCCAAUCUAAACCCAUUGCUUUUUUGCCCGCGUUCCCGUUGCCGUCGCCGUCGUCGUUUGUUAAGCUCCCUAAUGAUGUUGACGAAGACGACAACGACGACGAUGAUGAUGAUUUUUAUUAGUAGUAGUAGUAUGAUCUGAAGAAUUGUAUAGAUUGAACCAAUAAUUGUUUUAUGAUUCAUUCAAAAUAUUUCUCACUUAAAAAAAUGCGUACCUCGAUCGAUGUAAAGUUCCUGUCUUCAUUUGCCUGUUCCUCGGCAAAUUCACGAUAUAAAAAGGAUGUUUACUAUAGCAGAUAUUCUUCGAAUAGCUGUUUUCAUCUGUCGAGUUGUAUUUUUGUUGUUCUUGCUAUGUUUUUUAGGCUAUUUAGUUCGGCUAUUCUUCGGAAAAUAUGUGGGAUUUUCCGCCGUUAUCUCCAGCUCUACCAUAGCAUCCCCAGGGGCUUCAAGUCUUACCGUCCCUUUUCCUGUGAAUAUUCUGUAUAAUUGACGUCAGUGGUACCAAUAUUGCUAAACGGGUUUCAAAUUUGGUCAACGCUUGCUGGUUAUGAAGAAUUCAUCGGCGGAUUUGAGCUAACCAGAAACGGAGAAAUAGAGUGAAUGAAUGAAUAAUAAAGAUUAUCACGUCGUUCAUCGUAAUGCUCCUUCUCUUCAAUCUGUUUUUUUUGUUGUUGUUGUUUAUUCCAGCCUCGUUCUUUAAAAAGGACCAAGAUGGAUCCAUGCAUAAAGCUGCGUUACUCUCUGGCUCACCAGGAGUUGGUAAAACAACAACAGCCACGCUCGUGUGUGAAGAGCUGGGAUUCAGCUACGUUGAAAUGAAUGCAAGUGAUACAAGGAACAAGAAGACACUGGAGGAGCACAUUUCUCAGUCACUUAGCAACAAAACCAUGGAUGGUUUUCUACCUGGUAAAUAGCCUGUUCACAGACCCUCUAUUUUCUCUUCAAAGUCCGUCGAGCGCGCGUGAUAAAAUAGAAACCGCGGGGGAUUUAUUGACCGCCAGCGCAAGGGGGUAGUGGUGGAGGAAGAAGAAAUUAUUUGUUUUUCUUUCUCGCGCAGUCGCGCUCCUCCGCGCUCGUUUUCGCGUGCUCGAAAAGAGUAAAAGGAACAAUAAAACAACGUCUGUGUACAGGCUACCUGGUAAAGCCAAGCUAAUUAUUUUUUUUACCCAACAUGCACUGUAGAUUUUCCCUUGAGAAAUACAUUGCACAGUUUAAGGCAACAAUCGACGACUGAAUUGAUUUGAGAUACUUUACUCUAAAGAUCCUUUCUGAUGAUUUGCCAACUUAAUAAGGGGAAGAUAAGGCUUUCUUUCCCCCCCCCCCUUAACUCCAUGCAAUGUUGUGCCGCUGUUUGAGCUACUUUUAGGAACAACAAACCUCCCACCUUUGAAUGGAGGGAAGGGAGAGGGGGGUGGAUGUGGAAGAGAGGGGAAAUUUAGGAAAUAUAUUGGAUGCGGGUGUAAGAGCCUUUUGGGAAAUUUGGAGCAAGGUCUGUUUGAAAGAAUAAAGCAAAGGGGAACGUUAGUCUACAUUGUUCCUUGUAACUGGAUUCUUUGUGCUUUAUCAGGUCAUAAAGCAGAUCCCAAGAAGCAUGUGCUGAUUAUGGAUGAAGUUGAUGGAAUGGCAGGCAAUGAAGACAGGGGAGGAAUGCAAGUAAGGAUGAUAAUCAAUUGCAGAUAAAAAAUGGCGUUCCCAUCUGCAGUUAAGGUGAUAUUAUACGAGACGAUUCGCAACGACGACUUUUAGCGCAACACAGCGUUGCAACAUUGUUUCGAAUAGUUACAACAUUGUUCCAACAUUGCAAUGCUGUGUUGCGUUAAAAAUCGUCGUUGCGAAUCAUCCCGUGUAACAUCACCUUUAGUCUGCCUAGCUGGAGGAAUUUAGCGCACUGAAGUUCUUUUGUUUUGGUGGAGAGCAGCGAGAGAAUUGAGAUUUUCAGCUGCGGCUCUGUAUUCUGAUCCCCUUACUUAUACAUGCCAGUCGUUUGAUGGCUGAUUAGCGCUAACCCAGGGUUAAAUUUUGACCCGGGUCUCUUUUUCUUUUCAUCAGAAGCAUUUUCUCUAUUCUUUUUAGAGUAGCCAAUCAUAAAACAGUAGAGUAGGCAAGAAGAAUUUAACCUAAUUUGCUUUUUAAGCUUUCAUAUAUGAAUUCAAAUUUUGCUCUAACCCUGGGUUAUCUUAACCCCGCGGCUUUGAACAACCCGGCCCAGGGGAAACAAACACUGUCCUUUGAUCCUUCUUUGUGCAGAGUUCCUUGUUAAGUAAAGAAAUGGAUUAGCACUUCAGAUUACAAGAGUAAUGUUUAUUAAAAGAGAUUAACACCGAUUACUGUAAUAAUGAGUAUUCUCCCCAGUAGCCCUCUUACGGUACAUUUUCUAUAAAUAUAUUCCUGGGUUCUUUUACUUCCUCUUCUAAAUGAUGUGUAAUGGUGAAGGAGACAAGGCUAAUGGUUUAAGGUAAUUCCCUUGUUUUGCACUGCGCAUCACCUAUUGCAGAUAACAUUUGGACAUGUAAGGUGACGUUGAUUUUCACCGGCCGCCUGAAGAGAGGUAACAAAGGCCCUUUCUGAAAUCCAAAUGAUUUGAAUAGCAGUUAAAAACUCGCUUCAAUUCCUCCUUUGUUGUGUUUUUUUACUCGUUAUGGCUACAGGAAAAACAUAUUUCAAUAAGAAGAAGAUCUGGAUUGUAGUAGUUGUAUUAUUUAGAUAUGAAUGACAUAAACUCCGCAUUUUGGAGUUGCAAGGGAGUAUGAGAUAAUGUUCAAACUGUCUUUGUUUGUUAGCCCAGACAAACAAAGCAAGAUAGUUUUUGCUACAUGAUAAGAAUUUUUGACGGUUGUUUAAGUUUGGAACAUUUUGCGCGCAACUAGGAAGAAAACACUUAGAAUUACAUGCAGACACGCUGGGCGAAAACGGGCUCCGGAUUACCCCAUCGUUUUAUAACAGUUUUUCAAUGUCCUAUAUUUGGCUGUCAUGUGUGCCAGGUUUGAAAAAAUGUGGAUAAUACAUCCUUUUCAAAGGGAUUACCUUAACGUCACCUGUCAUUGACGCGAUCAUCUGAAUUGAGACAAGGAUUUGGUAACAGCGAGCAUGAUCUUAGCAGUCCUUUAAAGGCCUUUGUUUGUACGGUUGUCCAUCUGGGGUUUGAACUUCCUGCCACCCGCGCAAGCCAGCAGAUCGACGCUCUUCCAGCAUAGUUUCUCGGCGUUGUGGGCUUUCUUGUUUUUAAAUUUGUGAUCAUCACCAUAACCUACGAAAAUGAUACCUAUCUAAGUUUGGGAUUUAAGGAUAUCUUUUGACAUCUGUUGUUGCAUCCUAACCAGGAACUUAUUGGACUCAUAAAAAACACCAAAAUUCCAGUCAUCUGUAUGUGUAAUGACAGAAACAGUCAAAAGAUCCGCAGCUUGGCCAACUAUUGUUUUGACUUGAGGUUCCAAAGGCCUCGGGUAGAACAGAUUAAGGUAAGUGUUGUCCGGCAUUAUUCAGUCUUUUAUUUUAAAGAAAUUUGACUUUUUUUUCUCAUGACGAUGUAAACGCAUCACCUUCUUACAUGCCCAUUCCAUUUGUUUGUCGGGUAACCAAUACAGUGGAGCUCCGCUCUACGGAUGAUCGUGAGGUUUCUUUAGGAUGAACUUGUUACGGUAACAGAUGAGGAAUAGACCUUAAUCACGAUACCCGCCAUCUUUGCACGCGCUUUAGGAUUGAUGGGAUAAAAGCAAUGUCACGUGGUAUUUUAGGGGGCAAACAAGUGUUAAAAUUUGCUAAUUAGAGUAGUCGCGGUCGAGUUUGAUUGUCCCCUCAAAACUAUAAGGCAAUAUUAAAUUUGAAAAAUGUACAGUUCAAGUUUCGACAAGUCAUUAUUGCUUGCUGUAAGGACAUCUACGGUCGCUACUGCAUUAAAAGAAAUAGCGAUCACUUCCACCGAUAAUCUGCUAUUAUCGUCUUGAAGAUAAAAAGGUCUUCAUCCUCUGUUGUCUAAAAUAAACAAAAACAACCGUGAUUCCUUGUAUUGACAGAUUAUCACUUGUUUACGCCUGAGAAACCACCUGACAUUGCUUUUAACCCAUCAGCCCUUAUGCACGUGCAAAGAUGGCGGGUAUCGUGAAUAAGGUCUGUUGAACAACGUUUUCUAGUAAAAUGCUACGUGGUGUCCUUGAAGUUUUUUCUGAGAGCCCGCUUUAUACGGACACCCGGAUAAUACAGACACUGUGGCGUGUCCCACUGGUAACCGUAUUGACCGGGUUCCACUAAUAGCUCUUGGGAAGAUCCGUAGAUAGGCUAUACUUUCUAAAAGUCUCUCUUGGUUUGGUCAUCAGUCGGGAGAGAAAACAGACUUUCCUCGAGUGAAGCGCGCCAUUUUGUUUCUGUUCUUUUUUGUUGUUUCGACCCGAUCUUAGUAUAGGGCGUUGACUUGUCGCGCUUGUGCUCAGUAGCAUUAACCAACAAUCAGAGAGCGUUAUGUUGGGAAAAGAAUUGUCCUGCUUGUUUCGAGUUAUCGGGAGUCGACUUUAUCAGUUAAAGUACAGUAGAUAUAGUGUUUUCUUUUUCUUGUUCACUAGGGAGCUAUGAUGAGCAUCGCUUUCAAGGAAGGACUCAAGAUUCCUCCCCAGGCCAUGGAGCAAAUUAUUCUUGGAGCCAACCAGGAUGUCAGACAGGUUAGCUAAACAAACUUUUUUUGUUUUGUUUUGAGGUGGGGGAUGGAUGGAGGGGGGGGAGGGGUAGGAAGAAAUCUAAAUUUAUUGUUCACGUGUAGGUCCAUGUAUUGUCGUUGCAAAUUAAUCUUGAGAUGGGAGAAGUGAUUUCAGUUCUUUGAAAUCUGUCACUUGGAUCUCUCUCUUUUUUUAAAAUAUAUUCCAAAUUGAAAAUUUCGUUGGUGGCUCUUAUAUUUGUUGUUGUUCUUUUUUUGCGCCUGUAUUUUCUUUUACUUUAUUUCAUUCAGGCUCUUUGUUGAUUGAUUUUUUUUCCUGUUUGACAGGUUCUUCACAAUAUGUCCAUGUGGACUGCCAAGGAAAAGAGCCUUAACUACGAUCAAGCAAAAGCAGAAGCUGCAAGGGCCCAAAAAGAUAUUAAAAUGGUAAACCAAUUUAUUCAAACUACUGUAUUUCAAUUUACCGAGUAUGUUAUCACUACCUUAGUGAAGUGGACAGACCGCUUCCUGAAUAUUUUUAUGAUUAAAGUGGACACUGUUGGCCAUAUUUUUCUCCGUGGCACUAAUAUAGAGUAGAGUAGUAACAUAAUUUUACGUAAACUGCCGUAAAUCAGUAGUUUUUAUUUGAUUGUAAUAUGUUUUGCAAAGUUUUAAACGAAUAUUGAGCAUACGUGACAGCUCUGUUAUGUAAGUAAGCGAUUACUGUCUCUAAACCAGUAUUUUCCGUGUUGAAAUUUGGACGCAUAUAAAUUUUACGGGUUUCAGCCAUUUUUUCUGCAAAAUAUAAACUGCUGAGGUAUAAUAGCCGUUCCCUAAACACAGUUUUUUUUGUAGGGUGCUUUUGAUGCCGUAAGAAAACUUCUCUCAGGAAAUGAGAGUUCGAAGAUGAACCUGAUUGAAAAAUCAGACAUGUUCUUUUGUGAUUACUCCAUGAUGCCACUCUUUGUGCAGGAAAACUAUGCACUGGUUGACCCUGGACAGUCGCGGUAA